CAGAAUCAAAGCAGGAAUGGAUGUAGAAUAUUCGGCGUCGUUCGAAGACGUUGCCAAUGAGCUCAACCACGAGGUCUCGCUGACCCUGUCGACCGAAGUCUGGUCGAAGCUCCCAAACGAGCUCAUCGACGCGACUAUUUGCAGUCUGCUACCCGCGGACCCUCACGAGCGCAUGAUUCGCCCUGCGAAGAAGAUUCUGUCGUCCAUGUCACUGGUUUGUCACCGCUGGGCCCAGUUGUUCCGUCCGAUUCCGUUCCACCGGCUUGUGCUUGCAAGGUCCUUCGAUGCCUGGUAUCUCUCCAAGAUCUUUAGCUCCUCGACCUCAUCAUGGCUCGCAUUACAUGUCCAACUGAUCACCUUUAAGCAGCUCGGCAUGCUGUCUAAUCCUGAGUCAUCACGUUGCCUGAGUGUUGGUGCCCUGUCGGCCCUCUGCCAGACCUCAUACGCUUUCCAGGAUCGGGCGGGCGGGCGUUGGCCUGUCUUUCCCUUACGCCUUCGCCCAGUCUGGAGCAAUCUUAAACUCCGCCUCACGCGCUUGAACCUUGCGUCGUACCGUCUCCACUCAUUCUCGACACUACUUCGCCUCCUUGGCGCACUGCACCUCUUGGAGGAGCUCGACAUGUAUCGCGUGUGCUGGGCCAGGGACUUCAUCCUCCAGGUUCCUGGCUGUAGAGCGUCAUUUCAGCACAUCAGACGAGUGCGCUUGCGCGAUUGCUCACAGCGGUGGCCAGCAAUCUUGCUCUUUAUUGCACCCAGUAUAGGGCAUAGCUAUCGCACGCGUGCCUAUGCUCUGUCUCAUCCGGCACCAUCUGAACUAUUGGCAUUUAGCAAGAUAUCUGAACUCUUCUACCGACAGUGCCCGAACUUGCGGAUGACAGCGUUUCAAAGACAGCCGGCCAACAGUGAAGCUGAAUAUGCGUUCUCUGUUCACCUAAUGCCCUGGGACGAUGGCUCGCUAUCACGCUCUUACCUGGAGGUUGCCUUCAUUACUCGGUCCGCUGGUGCUCAAGCAGGAGACGGCCUUCGCUCGCUUCAUCGACUUGUCAUUGCCCUAUGCAAAAAUAUCUCUGUGGAUAAUCUCCUUGAAAUGCCCUGGAAAGCGAUCGAUGAUUCCGUGUCUUCCGCGUGCUUGAUGGCACCUCUCGUCCUCGUUGACUCCGGUGUCUCGCUCGCGCAGUUCGACGUCCUCACAAAGCGGCUGCCUGCCCGCAUACCACACUGCAAUGUCACCCUGCGUCACACACUACGCUCUCCGGACGCGACGACGUUGGAACCUACGCUUUCCACGCGCGAGACGUGGACGGAGGAGCUUAGAAUAGCCCCCUUUGCGCGACGUCAUUUGCCACAAUAUGUGAGAAUAUAA